CCCUGCGACACGUGGGCCGCAUGCGUGGUCGAGGGCAGACGGGACGAGGAAGGGCACCUCCGAACGGGCGGCCCGGAUUCGGGACUCCGCGCAUGCGCCUGAGGGUUGCGCUGGAUCGGCGUGGGUUUGGCUGGGAAGCCCGCGGGGGAUCUUAAGGAUCGCUUUUUCCGGGCCACUGGGUGCGGGAUCGCGGCUGGGAAUCCCAUCCUUGCAGCAGCCAUCUGGAUUCUGUUUCCUCUUUUAAAUUUGGAUAUUUUUUCCCGUUUUCUCUGCUGGAAGACAUCGUCAUGGUACAACUCGGGCGCCCCCUGCUGAGGAAAUACCGCAACGUCCGUGUGGUCAUCCGGAUGUCCCUCGGCGGUUGCACGAACCGGCCUUUCUACCGGAUCGUGGCCGCCCACAACCGGCGCGCCCGCGACGGCAAAUACCUCGAGCAGAUUGGCUGCUACGACCCACUGCCCAACCGCUACGGCGAGAAGAUUAUGGGGCUGAACUUUGACCGGUUCAAAUAUUGGUUUGCCUACGGAGCGACCCUGACGAAGCCCCUUGAAAAACUGCUAGGUCUUACUGGAUUCCUUCCCCUGCAUCCGAUGACAGUCACAUACGCGGAACGGUUAAGGAAGAAAAAAGCCCAGGAGGCAGAGAAGGAGGCCGAAAACGAAGAAGGAGAAAAGGAAGAUUUGGAGGAAAAGCAGGAACAACAGCAGCAAAAUUGAUCCAUGGAGUGAGAAAAACCUCA